AUGAAUCCUCGCAUCGAAAAACUUUGUUUACCUCGUCAUCGACGUGAUGCUGUGUGGAAAUUUUGGCAACCAAAUGCUAAAUUGGAAAAAAUUUAUCCACCUAUAUAUUGGAAAAAACUUGAUUAUAAAAAUAUUCAUUCAAACAAAACAACUAAAAUUACAGAAUUUAAAAAAUCACAUGAUGAAAAUUCAUGUUUGAAUGCAUGUAAUUAUACAACAUUAAUCUAUCAACAUGAGUCUGAUAAACAAUUCAAUGAAAAAGGAUUUCGUAUAUUUAUUGAUUUUGAACAUGAUGGAUUAGAACAUGCGACAUGGAAAGAAUCAAUUGAAGAUGAUCAUUUAUUAAGAGAUAAAUUUAAGAAAAAAGAUAAACCAUCAACGAUAGAAUUUUCAUGGUCAAAUUUGAAUCAUCAGCAACAAUUUUUCAAUGAUCAAUAUUUACAACGACAAGAACUUAUUCGAUAUAUUAAAGCACGUAUUCAAAAAGAUAAUUUAUUCGAAUUAGAUAAAAGUUCAUAUCCUAAUCGACCUAUGUCUAUGUCACGUCGUCCACGAGAUGUUCUUCAUAUUGAUUUUUAUCCAGCAGCUUGUUUUCAAGGAUCAAAAACUGAAGCAACAUUUAAAACAUUUUAUCAUCGAAAAUAUUUAUUAUUUCAACAUUUACGUGAACAUACAUUAAAAGAUCUUAUUGCAAUUGCUAAUAUUGUUCAACUUGAUAUCGAUAUAAUUGGUCAUUUUGUUUUACAUCCAAAUGAAUUAUCUAAACAUGAAAUAAAAAUGUUUGAAUUAACAUCGGAAUUUGGAGAUAUUUAUGAAGGUCAUAUUAUUCGUAUAAAUAAAGAAAAACUUGUUCUAUUAUUGGCUUCUACAUAUCAUACAGAUAUUAAACUUGCACAAUCAGAUGAUCUUAAAAAUUUAAUUAAUGAUUCAACAAAUUUUCAUCAAUCAACAAUAGAACAAAUUGUUAUUGAUCAUGUUCGAGAAUAUUUGCAAACAAAUAAUGAUUAUUCUAUUGCACAAAUACGACGUAUACAAAUUGAAUUGGAACCUUUAACCAAUAAAGGAAAACGUCGAGUUAUUGUUCAUUUAAUAACAAAUGAAGAAAUUAUUGAAAAUUUAACUUUUGAAAUUACACAUGAACAAGAACCACAACUUUUUAAUAUUGAAUAUGAAAAAAAUCUUUAUUUUUUACAAGGUAUUAAUGAACAAAAUAUUAUACAUUCUGUUGAAGAUAAACUUAAACAAUUAUUUACUAAACGAUAUUCUUUAAUACAUAAAGAAGAAACUCAUAAUUCAUAUUUACAAUUAACAUUAGACAUAGAAUAUGAUACAAUCAAUAGUAUAGAAAAAAUGUUUUAUGCUUAUGCUAAUCAUAAAUUAACAACAUAUUCACGUGAAGAAUGUAUGCGUAUAGCAAUUGAAUAUAGUUUUGAUGAUUUAUUAGAUAAACUUGAUUCUAAUGAAUUACAAUCGACUGAUGAUAAGCAGAUACACAUGAUGAUGGAUGAUAUACAAAUGCGAUUACGUUUACAAAUUGAACGACGUUUAGAAGCUGAAACUACAGCUAAAAUUCUUUUAAUUGGUCCAUCGAUGAAGAAAGAGAUCGAAUCAAUUGGCAAAGAUGUAAUUGUUUUGGAUCAUCAUCGAGAAAUCUUCAUAAAGCAAUCGGAUACUGGUAUCGCUUCAACCAGAAUGAAAGACAUACAACGUAACAAUGGUAAUAUUAUCUUGCAUGAAGAAAUUACUGGUGGACCAAAAAGUUUUGAUCGAUUACCAAUGAGCAUUGAUUCAUUAACAAUAUUAACACGUGUUCAACAACGAAAACGUUUAGCUGCUGAAGAAAAUGAUAACAAUUUAGAUUUACGUGGAAGUGAAACACAUCGUUUAGUUGCAUUUGAUGAUCAGAAACAAACUAUGUCAUCUUCUGUUGAAUAUGAACAAAAUAAUAUUGAGAAAAAAUCAUUACCUCAUUUACAUGAACCAUUUUCAUUUGAUGAAUACGAUCAUAACAAUAUAAAAGUAUUCAAUACUACUUCGAUUAAUACGAAAAGUUUUAAUACAUCAGCAAAUACUAAACAACAAUAUCUUAUAGAAUUAAAUCAAAAUAACCAACAACGUAAAAAGAAAAAAAUGUCUCGAUCAUCAGUUGAAUAUGGUAAACAUAAACAAAAACGAAAAAGACAUAAACACUAUGAAUCAAUAUCAUCAAACAUAUUCAUUAAUAAUAUUAAUUCAAAACAUUCAUUUCUUAAUAACUUAUUUUUAUUAUAUCAAAAUAAAAAACAAAAAACCAUAAAUGAUAAUCGAAAAAAAAAACAUAUUCAACUACCAAAUGCUAUCAAUGUCAAUACUAUGGUAGAAAAUUCGAAUACAACAACCAAGAUAUGUAGUAAUGAUGAGAUUUUCACACUUAAGAAUGGAAUAAGUCUUCAGGAUAAUCUUUUCAUACAAUCAAACGAAGAUUUAUCAUUAAUCAAUGAGUUAAAGCAUAGUAAUUUAUUAAACUCUUUUGGAGAACAACAAUUACAAAACGAUAAUUCACGUCCGACAAUCAAUAUUAUUACUGACUCAAUAUCAUUGACAUCGGUACAUGAUAAUAUUGAAAGACAAAAUUCAUAUAUUAAUACUUCCUUAAAACUUGAUUAUUUAUGUUAUCCUUUGGAAACCAAUGAAGAUAAAGAAAAUUUUCUGGAUCAGUUCCUAAAUAAUAGAGAUCACGAUGGAGGCUUAGACGAAAAAGAAGAAGGCAACAACGAACAAACCUCACAAUUGAACAAUAUCAUUAUAAAAGAAAAUUAUUUUAUUGAUCAUAAGGAUGAAAAACACCAAAAAUUGAAUAACAUUAACAAAUUGAAGGAUAGAGACGAAUCAACAGAACAUCAACAAUUUCAGGACGAAGGUUUUCAAGACAAAGAAGAAAUGGCUGAUGACGAGAGUAACUUUGAAGAGAGUGAAAAGAGUUAUGAUACAGAACAUUAUUUACGCUCACUCUACGGAUCUUUAUCUUCUACUAUGAAACAAGUUUAUGUAAUGUACCAAUCGAAAUCAUCUCGACUUAAAUCAUCAUUGGAUUUAGCUCAUAUUUUUAUUAGCUUUCUUCAUAUACGAAAAGAUGUUGCAUAUGAAAUUGCUUCGACAAUUAUUGAUGCUCGGCAACGUUUAGUUCAAUCUAAACUAACACAAAAAUCUUCAUCAAGCGCUAAUAUCGAUGGAAAUUCCACAUCAAAUAUACAUAUAAAUGACGAGAGAGAUGAUAAUGAUGAUGCAUCGAUUAGUUCCGGUAUAGGUACUACUACUGAAGAUAGUGAUAAUGAUAGAAGAAAGAGAUGUAAUCUAGAUGAGAAUAAGAUUUUUUGCUUAUCAAAUUCACAACGUAUUAUGAAUCGUAUAACUACCUAUUUAUCCGAAGUUGAUUGGAGAGUAUUCAAUUACAUCACGAAACAUUUCUUACAAAAUGGUACUAUGAUUACUAGUCAUGCAUUAGAAUUUUCAUCGGCAUUAUUAAUAGAUCUCAUUGAGGAUAGUGUUUAUCAAACAUAUUUUCAUUCGAAAUGGUGUUCUGAUUUAUAUGUUAAUUUGAAUGAUAAAAAAGAAAUAAAUGACAUUAAUAACACACUUAUUGAAGAGUUUUUCAAGAAAUCUAUCUAUUAUUUAUUCAAUCGUCUUCAACUAAUCAAUUUACCAUUGUUGGAAUGUAUUGCUCUACUGCAUACUUUAAAAAAAUAUAUGAGCACAAAUCUUCUGCAAGAGUUUAUCUCCUUAGAAUGUCACACAGUUCCAUUAGGUCUCGAUCCUUGUAUUUGGUUUUCUACUAAUAUUCUUAUAAAAACUAUUUGUUCAUUAACUGAUGAUAUUUUGAAGCAAAUGAAUAAUGAUUAUUUAUCUGAUUAUACAAAGUUCGAAUAUGUUUUGGUAUCUUAUUUUGGUAAAAUUCAAAUCGUUCAUAAUCUUCAAGAUAUUAUUGAAAUUAAUCAACAUCAGACGACAUCGAAAUCGUCAAGUACAAUUUCUAACAGCAAAUAUCUUCUGCAUGUAAUCGAUUUGGAUCAGGCACCUAAAUUUUUUUCGCAUCAAGCUUUUAAACGAUUUAAAUUCGAUGAACAAAAUCAACUAAAUGGUGAUAUUGAAGCACUCAAAGAUCUAGUUUUACUUGAUAUUGAAAAACGUAAUAUCAAAUCAAUGAAAGGACCUUAUAUACCUCUGACUAUAAAUGAUUUGGUGACACAUCAACAGAAUCGUGUAUUAACUCCAUCACCUUGGGUUUCAGUUCAAAAUCAUCAACGAUCAGCAACACAAAAACUACCUGUCGAUGACUAUAGUGUACGAGAAGAUUUAUAUCACUUUGAUGAAACUACUGAUUCUACAAAACCGGAUAAUUUACCACCAGAAGUGCGAGAUCUCUUAGAUAAUAUGAUUAGAAAAUAUGGUACUAUUGAAGACAACUUAGAAAUAUUAACAACACGAGAUCUAUAUGAAGGUUUGUCAGAAGAUGUAGCACAGUUGGUAGAAAAUGCUAUUGAAGCUGUACAAAGAUUUGAUCGUGAAAAUAAUAUUGGUGACCGAAAGUUACAAAAUAAAAAGACAGUAAAUGAUCGAUUGACUGAAUUCUUCAAAUAUGCUGGACGACAUGGAGUUCGUCUAUUGGAUGAUAUAUUAAAAUUAGCUAAACUACGCUCAAAUGAUCCCAAAAAAUAUAUUCCACUUGCUGUUAACAUGCUCAAAGAUCGUUUGAAACAAAGUGGUACAACACGUGUACGAAAGCAAGCUGUUCGUUUUGGAUACACAUUAGAAACACUAUUUAUGGCAACAAAUGAUGAACCAGCAUUAAUUGCAGCUAUGUUGAAGAAAAAAAUCGAUGAAAAGAAAUCGUUUAUUUUUUCCGAAAAUUCUGGUGAAUCUUUAACUACUGAAUUAGAUCCAUUACAACAAAUUAUGGAAGAAGUGGAUAAAAAGAUUGAUACUUCACUCGUUGAAUCACUAAUCAGUACAAAAACUUCAUCACAUCCCUCCAAAAUGUCCACAAUAGAUAAACAUCGACAAAUUUUACCAAUAAUUGAUGAAGCAAUCGAGUCAACAAUGUCAUCAAGUAGUACAACAGAUAUUGAUAGAGAAUUUUAUUCUGAAGCUAUGAUGUCAACUACAAUUGUGUCGCAUGAUGGUCUUACUCUGGCUCAGCUCGUAGUUCUUGUUAUUGGACAGAAUCAAGAACCAUUGAAACUGACAAAUAUUCAAAUUGAACAGUAA